UUCGUCCCUGGUUUUCCGAAGUUGAUGCGUUUCCAGGAACAUCACGAUCGUAUCCUCAAGAAGAUGAUGCCCAAACUGAAACAUCACCUGGACAACCAGGAAGUGUUCACCAGUCUCUACACCAUGAAGUGGUUCUUCCAGUGUUUCCUGGACAGAACUCCGUUCACCCUCACACUCAGGAUCUGGGACAUCUACAUCAUGGAGGGUGAACGAGUGCUGUCUGCCAUGUCCUACACUCUCCUCAAACUGCACAAGAAGCACCUGAUGAAGUUGUCCAUGGAGGAGCUGGUGGAGUUUCUGCAGGUGACUUUGUCCAAAAACUUCUACUAUGAGGACGACAUUGUGAUCGAGCAGCUGCAGGCGUCCAUGACGGAGCUGAGGAGGGCGAAGCUGGACCUGCCUGCCCCAGGUAAAGACGACGAGUUUCCCAAGAAGCCGUUGGGGCAGCUUCCUCCUGAGCUGGCAGCAGCAGUGGUGGUGAACCACGUGGCCAACGGUCAGAGCCACGUCGAGCCCGCCGAUCCUCCCAGGGACCGGAGUCCUCUACCGGAGCAGCAGCGGGAGAGUCGGCCUCCCAGCCGGUUACGCCGGGACUCGCUGGACAAACCGUUCCGUCACCACAAGGCUGACAGGAGGGACGCUCGUUCCAGGGGUUCAGGGGAGAUCCCCGCCUCCACCACACCGGAGAGGGGGGCAACGCCAUCCUCAGUGCUCACCCCUACGCCACACCUCACCACAGUGGACAGAGGGAAGCCUGAGAGCCACGCCACCGCCAACCACAACUCCAACGCUGCCUCCAGCUCUCACAAAGACAUCACUCCCCGCUGGUUCAAACCCUCCGAGACGAAGCUGGAAGCGGUCAAAGCGGCAGCGGCCCGGGACACCCACCUGAGCAGGGGUGCAUCACCGGCCCCUUCCAGCCCAGACGACACUGCACUCCCCAAUCGCCGACCGCACUCCAAGGGCUUCGUCCCCGACUCCAACCGAGGCUCCAACGCCUCCCAGUAUGACAACGUGCCAGGGCUGCAAGAGCAGGAGUUUGAGAUCUUGGAGCUCGAGAGACCUCUGUCCAGAAUGAGGACCCCUCGCAGUGAGACGCCCUACAGUGCAUCAUCCCAGAAUCAGGGCAGUCCCAGCCAUGGACCCAGCCUGACAGGGAGCGCCGUCUCCGUCGCCUCUGGGCUGAGGAUGGCCAAGCACCCGCUUCCUCCGUCAUUCUCCCACAACAGUCCCACGGGGGUCCAGUCCAGCUACCCUGGCAGUCAGAGCCAGUUCCACACUCCAUCCCCAAGCAGAACCACGGAGGUUCCAAUCUACCAUCCAGGAUACGGCAUGAACCACAGAGCCGAGGACAGACUGUAUGCCCCGCCCUCCAGGGCCCCCGCACCCUCCAACAUGGCGUACAGUGAACAAGUGUACGCCACCACCCAGCGGCAGCCCAGUAACUUCUCCCCAGAGAGGACUGUUAUGAACAACUCAUUCGCCACUUACCGCAGACAGCCGCCACCAGGCUCCGCCCACAUACCGCGAAGCACCAGACCUCCUCUGCAGCUGGAGACCCAGGGAAGGUCCACCCCCAUCUACCUGCAACAGCUCACCUCCACCGCACAGGUCCACGCUCUGGGGGACAACAGGUUUGAAGGGCAGCUGAGAGGGAAGGUGAACCCGCACCACCUGCCAGAGGGGGGGGCUCAGCGGUCGGUAGACGGGCUCCGGUGGGCGCCAGAGGACGGGCUGCCCCCUCCGUCCCCGGGUGGGAUGCCCCGCUCACCCAGCUUCCAGCAAGCCCAAAUGUCUCCCCACAAGGAGUUCACGUUUCCCGCCAACCCAGACAGCCUGCUUCAGUACAGGACACAGUUCCAGGAGCAGCAGCAACAGCUCCCCCAGCUGUUCGGAGGACCACACUACAGGCACGCACAGGAGGCGUUCGCCUUGCAGGAGUCGAUGCUGCUGUAACACAACGAGGACAUAAAGAGACACUGGAGAUCAAUAUAAACUGAGGUGUAGUCACUGACACUGUGGUAACGAGGGCAAACGUCCGAGCAUUGUUAGGAACCUGGUGUUGUUUCCGCCCUGUUGUUCUUUGUGUGUGAAGUUCUGACCGUCUUACUGUCGCGCUGCAUCGCUGCAGGACACACCAGCCUCCGACGUUUUUACUGCUCGCUCUGAAAAGAGACACACAAAAUAAACUGACUGAAGAUUUUAUUUUAUUUUUGGAUGUAAAUCAUUAAGCAGAGGGGACAGUCUAUAUCUUUUAGAGUCUGACGUGUACAGUGGAUUUUCUUUUUGUUAAUAUGCUGAGUUGUUAUAAGUAGCGGGGGGGGGGGGGACUUUCUCCUGACAGAGCAGAAAAACGCUGAUUUUAUUUUCCAUCAUUAUUUUUUAUAUGUUACUUACAGAUAUUUACAGUAGAGAUCAAUUUACUCGAUAUGCUUGUGAAUGUUAUUUUUCAAAGAGAAGAAGUAAAAAAAAUAUUCCCAAUGACGCGGCAGAGAAACUGUCACUGUAAAGGUUUGAUUUCCAUUUCAACUAUGAAGCGUCUCCACUGUAGAAAAAAAGAGUGUUUGUUGUUUCAGUUUGUUUUCUCCCUGAUGAACUCGUGUGAACUGCGUUUCUCUUUUACACGUGAAGUAUAGUACAUUGGGUAUUUAUAUUUGAGGCCAGUGUAGUUUCUGAAUAAAUUCCAACCCUGAUUAGAAAACUCAAGGAAUAGAGAACUCAUUUGUGAGCGCUAGUUAUGUUUGUAUUGUUUUGACUUUUACGACAUGAGUAACUCGUAUUUUUUUUUUUUUUUUUUUUAAUCGCUGUACUGUAGCUACCACAUCCUGAGCACACGCACCAGGAGACGGAUGUGAAAUAGUUUCAGCACAAUUUGAUUUACUUCAUUAUGUCUCAUUAUUCUCAACACUGUCACAUCAACUACUGCUCAGCUGCUGGCACUUCCACUGGCAAUACAGUCAUCUGGCACACACACACACACACACACACACACACACGCUCACACUACAAGUCACAAAUGUGCGACUCACACAUUUAAACAUGUAAUCAGCCACAUUCCCAGUUAAUCUCAAACAGUAUCGUACUGUUCAUUACAUUCCCUAAGUUAUCUUUGUUUUCUGUUCAGCGACUAACCGCAGAUCAUUCUGAUACUUUGCUUAAUAAAAUGAGGUGGGUUGAAAAUGAA